CCAUAAUCUAAUACAUGGUAUUCGACUGUCAUGGCGUCCUGAGUUUGGAUCUACUUGAUGCGGCAUCAGCGUAUUUGGUCCAAAAAAAGAUAACAUUUUCUGCGUCUUUAGUGAACGUUUAUGGUUUGACAUCGACUCGUCUUCGGCCGAGACACCAUGGCGGCCCUUAGCACUGCUCAGAAGACCUGGGAGCUCACCAACAGCAUGCAGGAGGUUCAGAGCAUUGACGAAAUUUACAAAUAUGACAAGAAGCAACAACAGGAGAUCCUCGCGGCGAAACCUUGGACAAAAGACCACCAUUACUUCAAGUACUCCAAGAUCUCGGCACUGGCGCUGCUGAAGAUGGUGAUGCACGCCCGCUCGGGUGGCAACCUGGAGGUGAUGGGCCUCAUGCUGGGCAAGGUGGAUGGCGAGAGCAUGAUCAUCAUGGACAGUUUUGCGCUGCCCGUGGAGGGAACCGAGACCCGAGUCAACGCGCAGGCCGCCGCCUACGAGUACAUGGCUGCCUACAUCGAGAACGCCAAACAGGUGGGCCGGCUGGAGAAUGCCAUCGGUUGGUAUCACAGUCACCCGGGCUACGGCUGCUGGCUGUCGGGCAUCGACGUUAGCACUCAGAUGCUCAACCAGCAGUUUCAGGAGCCUUUUGUUGCUGUGGUGAUCGACCCCACACGGACCAUUUCAGCAGGCAAAGUCAACCUGGGUGCCUUCAGGACAUACCCCAAGGGCUACAAGCCUCCUGACGAAGGGCCGUCCGAGUAUCAAACCAUCCCUCUGAAUAAGAUUGAAGACUUUGGCGUACACUGUAAACAGUAUUAUGCUCUGGAAGUAACGUACUUCAAGUCAUCCCUGGACAGAAAGUUGCUGGAGCUGCUUUGGAACAAAUACUGGGUCAACACAUUAAGCUCCUCCAGUCUCCUCACGAACUCGGACUACACCACGGGUCAGGUGUUCGACCUGUCGGAGAAGCUGGAGCAGUCGGAGGCCCAGUUGGGCCGGGGAAGUUUCAUGCUGGGACUGGACACGCACGACAGGAAGUCCGAGGACAAGCUGGCCAAAGCCACCCGGGACAGCUGCAAGACGACCAUCGAAGCCAUUCACGGCCUGAUGUCUCAAGUCAUUAAGGACAAACUCUUCAAUCAAAUCAACACAUCAAAUUAACCCCCCCCCCUCUCCACUUGUUCUGGCACUUACCGGGUAGUGUGUUUGCGUGUGUCUGACUGCCAAGUGUUUAUAUCCCUUCAGCCGCCCCACGCGCCUUUCACUGUUGUACUAGUCAGAAAGUAUGUUGGAGUUAAAAGAAUAUAAAGUCCCAUGCAAAAUAA